AUGUCCAAGAUAGCACCAACAGCCCCCGAGGCCUACGAGCCUAAGGAUGUCGAGUUUGCAAAGGACGCUGUCGAGACGUCGACAUCCUCGAAGCCUUCUUCAGUGAGGCUUGGAGAGAGCGAUGGCGGCGUAUGGGCAAGUGGUGGUGGUAUCGAGAAUUACAAGCCAAUACCAGAGUAUGAAGGCGCUCAUCGAUAUGAUCCACACUUCGAGUGGACUGAGAAUGAGGAGAAGAGACUAAUCGAUUUGAAGAUUUGCGCCUUCGUCUGCCUAAUGUUCUUCUGUCUGCAACUCGACCGCGGGAAUAUUAGCCAAGCUUUGUCCGACAACAUGCUUUCAGACCUGGGAAUGAUCACCAACCAGUACAAUACGGGGCAGACGAUUUUCUACCUCAGCUUUCUCUGCGCGGAAUUGCCCUCGCAGAUGCUUUCCAAGAAACUUGGCCCAGAUGUUUGGAUUCCUAUCCAAAUGGUUCUGUGGUCCAUUAUCUCGAUUUCCCAGUGCCGCCUAACGGACUACAAGUCAUUCUACGCGACUCGCUGUCUGUUGGGUCUCGUCGAGGGAGGCUUCAUCCCUGACGUUGUGCUUUACUUGAGCUUCUUCUACAAGUCAAAAGAACUACCGAUCCGUUUGAGCUUCUUCUGGGGAUCGUACAUAACAACUCAGAUCAUAUCAGCCCUGCUGGCUUAUGGUAUUCUUCACCUGCGAUCGGAGACUGGAUGGGCAGGGUGGCGCUGGCUCUUUGCCCUUGAAGGAGGACUUACGACCAUCAUUGGCCUCUUCGCCGCCAUCUACCUACCCCCGUCACCAACUCAAACCAAGGGCUGGUUCAGGGGCCGUGAUGGGUGGUUCAACGAAAGAGAAGAGAAGAUCAUGGUUAAUCGCGUCCUCCGCGACGAUCCAGCAAAGGGCGGGAUGCACAACCGACAAGGUCUCACGCUCACACUCCUCUGGGAGGCGCUGUGCGACUACGACCUCUGGCCUAUCUACCUCCUGGGUAUUACGUGGACCAUUCCCGCGACGCCCAUCACUGCAUACCUGACGCUCAACCUGAAGUCUUUGGGAUUCGACACAUUCGGAACCAACCUCCUGACCAUCCCCGCGUACGUCCUGUUUGGCAUCCAACUACUGUGGUGGACCUGGGUUUCGGAGAGAUGGAACAACCGUUUCGGCAUUGUGCUUGUGAGCAUGAUAUGGUGUUUCCCAUUAGUAUUAGCACUUGAACUCAUGCCAUCGAAUGCGAGCCCCUGGGCAUGGUAUGCUUGUUCGGCUUUGCUCGUCGGAUAUCCAUACAUUCACGCUAUCCUUGUGGCAAUCACCUCACGCAACGCAGGUUCCGUUCGUACCCGCACAGUAGGAUCAGCUAUAUACAACAUGGCAGUGCAAGCUGGAAGCAUCAUUUCAUCUAAUAUCUACCGCACCGACGAUGCUCCUUACUAUCGGACAGGCAAUAAGGUGCUCCUAGGUAUCAUCGCAUGGACGGCGUGCCUCAUAGUUGCGAUUAAAUUCUACUACAAAUGGCGCAACGCCACGAGAGAAAAGGCUUGGAGCGCGAUGUCAUCGGAGCAGAGGGACGAGUACCUGCGGACUACAAAGGACCAGGGUAACAAGCGUCUCGACUUUAGAUUCGCACAUUAA